CUUGGUAGAACUGGGUGACGAGGUCGGUUGCUGGGUGUGGAACGCGAUCCACGUUCUGUCAAAAAGCACUUCCAGAUUGACAACAGCAAAGACAUCCUCCUGCAAACAAAGAGAAGCUUCGCGAAGCGGCUCCGAAUUUCCGAGUGGAUAACAUUAACAAUGGCGUGCUUAUAAAAUCAACACCCCGCCGCGAAAACCGUGCUUUGCAUUUGCAACGCACCCUCAACACGUAAACAAAAACAUCUGCAGCAAUGGAGUCUCGCAAUGCUCCCCACACUCUGUGCAGCUCAGCUCAACUCUCCAGCACUGGCUCAAAGUCUUCUCUCGGCUUCUUGAAUCGACCCAGAAGAAAUGAUGGCAAUGUCUUCUCAGUGGAAAAUCUUUCUGCCCGUCUGCCAGACGGACCCUCUUACUCUCUCUCUCCCACAGGCUAGCUGCGGCCAAUCGCAGGGGAGGAGGGGGGAGGAGCUAGUUGAGAAUCUGCACCUUAUUGGCGAUGGUCUCAGCGAUUGGAUGACAGAAAAAGUGGAUUUCUCCUCUUACGUCCCUCCCCCUUCCUCUCACUUCUCUCCCCCCCAUCCCGACUCCUCCCUCCACUCCUCAUCCCCCCAGCAUGACCUCCCGGUACCGUCUGACCUGGAGGUCAUGACCUCCCUGCUGCAGGAAGAGCUGGCACAGCUAGAGGAUUACUUCCUGUCCGAAUCGGAGAAACCGGAAAAAUGUGAGAAAUCUCUUCAGACAACUGGCUACCAACUGCCGUACCAUUCUUACCAAUCCGGCCAAUCGGAAGCCAGCCCCCUCCUGGUAACCCUGGCAACAGGAGAACUGGAACUGCUGAGCUUCUGCAGCGGUCCCAUUGGCCAGCCCAAGAUCCCUAGACCCGCCCCUUACAGUUACAAUCGGCCAACCAGUAAUAAUAAUAAUAAUAAUAAUAGUAAUAAUAGUAAUCGCAGACGGUCCUCAAGUGGUAGUGGAAGUGUGGGAGAGGAGGGGAGCUUCCUAGAUGUUGCAGAACCCAGAGAGCCAUACAGCUUUCUGGAAGGGGCUGAAGAGCCUGUUAAGAGCUUAGAGGCUGGCGAGUCCCACAGCUGCUUGUACCCUGGUUUUGUGGAGCACAGAUAUCCUGACUGCCUCCCGGCUGCUGAAGGAGUGGGGUCCCCUAGCUUCAGAGCAGUCGGGGUGGCAGGGGAGGCUGAAGAGUCUGAUCUGAGUCCGGAGGAAGGAACGACCCCUGCUCCCAAGGGUGGUCCAAAGGCAGUUGAACGCAGACAGAAGAAGAAGGACCAGAACAAGACCGCUGCUCACAGGUACCGUCGACGCAAGAGGGAAGAGCUGGACAAUCAGGAGGAGGAGCUCAGGGGACUGGAAGGAAAGAACCGGGAGCUGAAAGACAAGGCUGAGUCCGUGGAGAGAGAGAUCCAGUACGUGAAAGACCUGCUCAUCGAGGUGUACAAAGCACGCAGCCAGCGACUCAAGCAAGGGAGCAGCGCGUGAGAGCCAGCCCAAACUAAUACAGGAGGGGCAGCGGAACAGAACAGCUUACUUCCCCUAGGGGUCCUUGUGGCAGCUUCCCUGUCUUCAGAUACUGCCUGCCUAGAUAGACAUAUACCAGCCACUUUAUAAGCAAAUUACAAUCAGUCCUUUUUCUCGCUACUGUAACGGGUUUAGACACGGCUCACGCCUGAGUGAGUGUGAUUUGUUAUAUUUUUUAUAAUACUGUAUUCGUUUUUUUAAAAAUCUUAGCAAUAUACCGCACAACCUGUUUCUUGAAAUGUUCUUGCUAGCGCUUUGUGAAGUUGUAGGAGUUUCUCUGGCAAUGAGGCUUCUUCGUUUUAAAGUUGCAGUGUCCCCUGUUUUAAAUAGCUUGGUUAAUGCAGGCUGGCUAUAAGGUUCUGCAGCCACCAGGGGGUGCUGUUGCUGCUCCCAGAGGAGUGAACCUGGUGCUUUAUCCCGAGUUAAAAUAUAUGGACUGAAAAAAAAAAAAAAAAAAACCCAUUCAUUUAAAACUAGUUUAUUUUUUGUGUUCAGACUUGCUUCCAAAUGGAUGCCAAAGAGAAUCUUGACGUCCAAACCUCAGGCCAGGAGAAAUAUGUUAAGGUUGAAUGAAUGACUGUUCUCUGUACUAGCAUGACUUAAAGAUUACAAUUCUGGGGUGCUGCAGCUUUAAUUAUUAGCAGAUUAAUUUAGACGGUUUUGUAAGUCUUUUAGCACUUGUGUUUGUGUCAGAUGUCAAGUCAAAUAUUGUGAUGCCUUUGUUUUUAAAAUAGUGAUAGCUCAGACCACACAUACAGCGUAUGAGACUGGACAUCGUGUAAUGUACUGCUUAUCAAUUUAAACAUUAAAUAAAGUUUUGACAAGUGUC